CCUGUUGCACUUCCCACAGCCCUGUCUCUCUCUGCUCUCUCUUCCCCUUUGACUGGACCUGAGUUCAGGGCAGAGGAGGGAUCACCAUGGACCCCAAAGAGAAAGAGGCCACUGGCUGUGAAAAAGAGAAAGAAAAAGACAGAACUAUCAAAAGGAGGAACCGGCCGGUGUUUUUACGUUACCUGGAGAGAAGGAAGACUGACACUAUUGUAACUGAUGAGAAAGGUGACAUCAACGUGGGGACGCUGGUGAGGAGGAGUCAAUCAGACAAGACGGAAUACAGCGCAAAACUUAAAGAGAAGCUGACCCCGCUCGACCUGUCCACACCCACGUCUCCAGCACUUGAUCCUGAGGAGGUGCGCUUGAGGAAGAUGAAGCGCAGGUCAAAGGUCAUCCAGGAGCUGGUGCAGACUGAGAAGGACUUCCUCACAGACAUGGAGCUGUGCAUCAGGGAGGUGGUCCAGCCCCUGAGGAAUAUGCAGGUUGUUGAUGUGGAUCGUCUCUUCACAAACAUGGAGACAGUGUGUGAGGUGUCAGCAGCUUUAUACCACAGACUGCAGGAAGCAAUGGCCGAACCUGAUCCAGAAGCAGUCAUCAUUGGGGAAGUAUUCAUCCAGACCAAAGCAGUUCUAGAAGAUGUAUACAAAGUCUACUGCUACCACCAGGAGGACGCCAACAUGGCUCUGAAAGCUUACGAGAAAGAGGAAGAAGUAAAGAGACAUUUCACUGCAUGUGUAUUAGCACUGAAGAAAAUCUAUGAAAGAGAAGGAAAACCAAACUUGUUAGACAUGGGGUCGCUGCUGAUCAAGCCGGUACAGAGGGUAAUGAAGUAUCCGUUGCUUCUUGGAGAGCUUUGGCAGACCACGCCGGAAAACCAUCCAGACUACCAGCCAGUGCAAGAGGCCUACACAGCUGCCAAAAUAAUAAACAUCAACAUUAAUGAAUUCAAGAGACGCAAGGACAUUGUUAUGAAAUAUAAACGGGUAGAGGAUGAAGGCACACUGAGGGGCAAACUGCACAAGUUCAACAUCCACUCUAUAAGGAAGAAAGGAGACAGGUUUGCCGGAUACCUCAAGAUUCUCACAGGAGUUGAGCCCCAGGUGAGAGAUGAAGUCUUUGACCGUGAAGAAAAGCUCUUCAGGAGUCUGGAGAAAGCAGUCAGGCAGAUGGUCAAGAAUGUGCAGUGUUACAUGCAGGACACCCAGGAAAUGGUAUCUGUAGCUGUCCAGAAUGCUCACGACAUGGAAAAAAUUAUCAAAGAAUUCAACAAGAAUGACAAGAAUGGCCUUUAUCAUCACAACGGAAAUGACCCAUAUAAGCACUUUAAAGACGGUGUGGAGCAGCUGGUCCUCGCUCCUCUGUCCUCUCUGCAGGGCAUGUUCACCGCGCCUCAAAAACUCAUCCAAAAGCGCUACGACAAACUACUGGACUACUGCAGCCGCCUGGAGCGAUCUUCCUCACUAGCGCCACCGCCAUCUUCUUCAUCUUCUCCGUCAUCAUCAUCAUCGGGUUCCCCCUCUCCGUCCAGUCAGUCCACCGCGCCAGAUGACCAGGGCCCCGCCAGGAGAGACUAUGAGGCCCUCAAUGCCAUGCUGGUGGAGGAGCUGCAGAGGUUUAAUAUGGCUGCACACACUAUACUCAUCAACUGUGUGGUUCAUUUAGUGGCCCACUUGAAACAACUCAUGGAGAAACUUCUUACUCCAGCUCCAUCUUUGCAUCAACUACCGGCUCCCUUAUCCAACAUGGCAGAAGUUCAAAACAGCAUCAUGGACGAGCUGAGCAAUCUCUCUUUUGUGAAGGACAACACACAGAAACUGAUGGAGCGUAAAGUCAGCUUUGAGAGACAACGAGACAAGAAAACUACGAUGCCUGAGGUGCAGCAUCAGACGGAGGAGCAUCGUGCCUGGCUGCUGGCGGAGUACCCCCUGGAGCGCAUCUACCAGCUCAAGAGGAAGUGCAACGGCUGCCAGGAGCAGGACCUGAGCCUGCUGGAGGGGGAGCUGGUGGCCCUUCUGGAGGACUCAGACCCCUUUGGCAGCAGCAGUCGUUGGCUCGUUCACUCUGGAGGUGCUCAGGGCUACAUGUACUCCACCUUCCUGAAGCAGUACAACCCGCACCGGGACUCUCAGAGAUCUGGGCAGCCGACCCGGGAGCAGCCUCCGACCCAGCAGCCGCCGGCCGUCAUGCUGGACGACGACUUCGACAACAUCAGUCUGUUCGUGUCAGGCAGUGGCAGCAGCAGUCUGCGCAGCUUCAACCUCAACACCACCGACAGCAGCUACACCCUGUCUGGCCUGCAGGGGGAGCCAGACAGCCUCGAGGACCAGGGUGUCUCUGUGGAUGGGGAUGAUAUAAUCGACGAAUCUCAACAGUUUUAUGCUGUUUAUGCAUUUCAAGCCCGCUGUGACCAAGAGCUGAGCCUGCAGGAGUACCAGCAUGUGCGCAUCCUCCAGUUCUGUGACCUGGGGGGAAAUAAAGAGUGGUGGCUGGCUGAGUCCAACGGACAGAAGGGCUACGUUCCAGCCAAUUACCUGGGGAAAAUGUCCUAUGCUUGACAAGGCAGAAUGUAAAAGACUGGAAAAACACUGGUCCAACUAAAGCCUGUUUCAACACAGGCAAACAUGUUCUACUGCACACACAGACGGUCAAACUAAGUCAAAUGUACCAAAAGUGUUUAGUUAUCAACAGACAGCUAUGUUUAAUUACAUUUCUUUGUAAUUUAUAACUGAGACAGUGAAUGUGACUAGAACAAGGGCACUAUCCUGAGCACUUUUGUACAUCAG